GAGUGAAACACUUCGCGCACACGCCGGAGUGGGAAGAGUUCCUCUUAUUGUCGGCGUCUCUCGGCGUCUCUCGCCCUCCUCGUCUGCCCCUGCUCCGCUGGCGAUGUCCGCCUACGUGGUGACCGUGGCCACGGGCACGCAGUACUUCGCGGGUACCGACGACUACGUGUACAUCACGCUGGUGGGAAGCAGAGCCACUGACAAGCACCUGCUCGACAAGCCCUGGUACAACGACUUCGAGAAUGGCGCGGUGGACUCGUACACGCUGGAGGCCGAGGAAGAGCUCGGGGACAUCCUGCUCGUGAAAAUUCAGAAGCGCGGUUUCAUCUUCGGCGACGAUUGGUACUGCAAGUACGUCCACGUGAAGACCCCGAAGGGAGAGCACAUGGAGUUCCCCUGCUACAGGUGGUUCAUCGACGACAAGGAGAUCGUGCUUCGCGAGGGCAAAGCCCGACUAGCGCAUCAGGACACGCUCCAGGUGCUCAAGCAGCAGCGUCUGCGCGAGCUGGAGGAGCGGCAGCAGCUCUACCGGUGGCAGGAAUGGCAGCCUGGCUUCCUGGGCAGCAUUGAUGUGGCGCGCCACAGGGACCUGCCACGGGACAUCCAGUUUGACAGCGAGAAAGGAAUCGACUUCCUCCUCAACUACACCAAAGCGAUGGAGAACCUGUGUGUCAAUCAGUUCAUGCACAUGUUCCAGUCGUCCUGGAGUGACUUUGCCGACUACGAGAAAAUCUUUGUGAGAAUAAAAAACACCAUAUCUGAGUAUGUCAUGAAGCACUGGCAGGAGGACUUCAUGUUUGGAUACCAGUUUCUGAACGGCUGCAAUCCCGUCGUCUUCAAGAAGUGCACCGAGAUCCCCGAGAAACUGCCGGUCACUCACAAGAUGGUGGAAGCGUGUCUGGAGCGCUCCAUCUCCCUGGAGGAGGAGGCAAAGCAAGGGAAUAUCUUCAUCGCCGACUACAGCAUCAUGGAUGGAAUCCAGGCCAAUGCCACUGACCCGUGCACGAUGCAGUACGUGGCGGCGCCCAUCUGCCUCUUGUACAACAACGUCAACAAGAAGUUAGUUCCCAUCGCCAUCCAGCUGCAGCAGACCCCAGGCUCAGACAACCCCAUCUUCCUGCCAACUGACUCCAACAACGAUUGGAUGUUGGCCAAGAUGUGGGCGAGAUCCUGUGACUUUCACGUGCACCAGACGGUGUCCCACUUGCUGCACACACACCUCAUCUCCGAGGUGUUCGGGAUCGCCAUGUUCCGACAGCUGCCGGCCGUCCACCCCAUCUUUAAGCUGCUGGUGCAUCACACGCGCUUCACCAUCGCCAUCAACACAAAAGCCAGGGAGGAGCUCAUCUGCAAGUGUGGCCUCUUCGACAAGGCGAAUGCAACAGGGGGAGGCGGCCACGUGCAGCUCGUGCAGAGGGCUGUGAAGGAACUAAGAUACGAACAUCUGCAGUUUCCCAAGAACAUCCAGAUGCGUGGCGUGGACAGCGAGGAGAACCUUCCCUAUUACUUCUACCGCAAAGAUGGCCAGCAAGUCUGGAACUGCACGGCACAGUUUGUGAAGGAAGUGCUUGCCGUCUACUACCCCGACGACAAGACCGUCAAAAUGGACUCUGAGGUGCAGGCCUGGAUCAACGACAUCUUUGUCUACGGGUUCCGGAACAACAAGGAUUCAGGAAUCCCCCAGUCGUUUGAAACACUGGAGGAGCUGGAGUUGUUCAUCACCACGGUGAUAUUUGCAACAUCAGCGAAUCAUGCCGCUGUCAACUUUGGGCAGUACGACUGGUAUUCCUGGAUCCCGAACGCCUCUCCAACGAUGAGACAACCUCCACCGACUGAGAAGGGAGUGACAACCAUGGACUACAUCAUCGCCAGCCUGGCUGACCGCGGUCGCUCCUGCUGGCACCUUGGCGCAGUCUGGGCCCUCAGCCAGUUUCAGGAAAAUGAGAUUUUCUUGGGUAAUUACCCCGACCAGCACUUCACAGAGAUGCCAAUCCUGGAGGCCAUCGCGAGGUUCAAGGUGCGCCUCCAGGAAAUCACCUCCAGCAUCACGGAGAGGAACCGGGGGAAGAAGCUUCCCUACUACUACUUCUCUCCAGACCGCAUCCCCAACAGCGUUGCCGUCUGAUGGCAGCCUCACCGAGGGUCGCCACCUUGCCUAGCUUUCAUCCGGACAGUCCAAGAAUUGGCAUCUGUGUUCGGGCCGCGGGAAUUGUUGUGUUGUUGAACUUUCUUAUUAAUAUCAUCUAGAGGACAGUUUUGAUAGACCUUGGUGCUGGCUGAGCAAUACGUCUGGGUUUGGCCUACAGUGGCAAAGGUGGCAACCCGAGUCCCAUCACGCACGGCACACACCGUGGCUAAUUCAAACGUAACGUCCAUCAACUGAAACAAUUCUCACCGUUCAUUCUAGACUUGAAGUUUUCGUGACUGCAAGGAUUAAUACUCUUGGUUCUUUCGGUAAAGUCAAGUCGGCAGAGAAAAUAAAACAAAACACGACGUUUCGGGCGCAACACAAGCGUCCGUCAUCAGGCGGGGACAACCACAGCGAGAACAACCGCUGAAGUGAUGACUGUGACAAGGGAUUAUAUAGCUGAGGGGGGGAACCAGGCUGAGUGUGGGGGCGGGGCGUGGGCUGGAGCAGAGCGGCAAGGGUGGUCCUAGAGCUCGACCUAAAGGGCGACCUCCAGCUGUGACACGUUGGGGGGGUGGGUUGGAGAAAUACUCUGCAGGCUCGAAACACUGCACGGCAAAUUUCCAAGUGAAAGAACCAAGAGUAUAAUUCUCACCGUGACAUUGUGCAACCACUGAAUAUAUAUACAGUACGAGCUUCACUACCCGGGUUCGCCCCAGACUUGGAUUCUUGUCUUGGAUUAUUACACGGCCUACGCGGAGGGUGGGGGGGGGGGUCAGCAGGCACACUGCGUGACGCUGCCGCAUGCGGGUGACAUCACAGAUGUGACGUCACCACUCACUUGCCGUGCAAAAUAUAUCCAUUAUUACGCCCCCCCCCCCUCUAAAUACAAAAGUCUAUUUUUAUACUUUUUGCAUUGUGUACAGCCUGGAAGCUACCCACAUGCCAAAUUUGUUGCAUGUCGGGAAGUAUGCUAAACAUUUCGAACAGACACACAUAUUAACAGAUUUCCCUUUUCUAUAUCAAUAGAUGUGCCUGGCGUAGUUACGUCUCAUGCAGACAGCACAGUGGCGGCUCAUGGUAACCUCUACCUCGAGGCCCAACUUCCCCUCCCAGCAUCCAUCACGCAGUGGCUGAAUUUACUUUAUUGGACUGCAUAAUAAUAAUGCAAGAAAAUAAGAAUAUGCAACUAUACAUGAAAACAAAUAUAAUUUCCUUUUUGAUUUAUAGAAAAUGCUGUUUUACUUGCUUCAUUUCUCAAUGUUCUAACAUAAAAUUGUCAAACUAAUUUACGGACGAGUCGAUUCCCUUGUUAACCUUACGCUCUUCGUGUGGCUGAUGUUGAUUUAGAGCAGCAGAUAAAAUGUUACUUUGGAGUGGUUGAGCCAAAUAACUGUGUCAGAAAUAGCGGGGUGGUGCAACCGCUGUGAUAAUGCCUCCAUCGUCUUUGUGAUUUGGGAAGUCGUUCGAUGUUCCAUGGUUCUGUUCUGGGAGACCACAGUCGCUGCACACAGCGGGAAGUUCAACAUUGUUCACUUGUGCUUCAAGUGUCUGUGGCCUCAUAAGCUUCGCAGUAGGUCGAAGCUAAGGAUCUUCGUAUCGUUGAUUCUUUUACGAGGUGUUUGUGACUUCUUGUGAACUCCAUUCGGAUUUUUAAGCAUCAUUGGGGUUCAAGCUGCAUCGUUGAAGGUUUAAGCGUUUAGGUCAAAACUGUUUGGACGACAUCAAUCGGUGGUGAGGGCUGCUGUUGAAAUCCUGGUGGAUGGGGAGAAGUUUGGUCUGAACCAAGCACGUGUUUUGUAGCUAGAAUCUGAUAUUUGUUUGGUGUUUAUGUAUGUGACAUAUAUUUAGCAUCAAUUGUGUCAAUGAAAAAUCCAAUACAUUCACCUUAAAAGGAAAUAUGUAACACGCAACAUUUUGGGCAAUGGCCAUUCCUCAUCAACCGUUGCACCACUGCCAACGCGGCAUAACCAAAUAAAAAAAUUUA